UGGAAACCCUAAUCUUACGCACGAGGCACAUCUUAUGAAAAAUACAUAAUAAUUGCCUAUCUAUGUAAAUAUAUUUAUUAGAGAGAAAGCCCUAGAUUCUUUCUACUGUUGAAAAGCCUGGAAGGGAUAUGAUGAAGAGGAUAUGCGACCUCCCACCGGAACUGGUAGGGGCGAAGAUACUGAGCAAGGUUCCGAUAACAUCUCUGGGACAAGUGCGAUCUACUUGCAAACUAUGGGACCGUUUAACCAGAGACUGGAUUGUGGGUAAAGAAGCGGCGGCAAGGCAGCAGCAGCAUCAGUUUUUGGGGUUCAUUACGGUGGAUUUCAAGGUUUGUUCAUUGAGAUUCCGCAAGGAAGAAGAAGAUGUUGAUCUAUCUAUAAAGGAGGUAGGUUUACUUAACCAGUUCGAGAUUAGUAAAGUUUUUCAUUGCGACGGGUUAUUGGUAUGCGUCCUCAAGGAAGACAGAUCGAAGCUCUUGGCGUGGAACCCUUAUUUGGGGCAAACAAGGUCCAUCAGUCCCAGACCGGGGGAUGAUUUCAACGAACUAGACACUUAUCUCUUUGGUUACGACAUGAACCGUAACCACAAGAUGUUGAGGUUUUACAGUGAGUUUGAGAUGUACGAAUUUAGCUCUAAUUCAUGGAGGGUUCUUGAGGGGGUCACACUCCCCGACAGCUUGAUAUUAAAAUUCGGAGGUCACCGCUACGUGUCUUUGAAGGGAAAUGCUUAUUUUCUGGCUCAGGAGAUUACGACUGAUGAUGUUCUUAGAGAUGUUAUCCUACGUUUUGAUUUUACAACGGAGACGUUUGGACUAGAACCUCUGCUUGUUCCGUUUCUCGCUUUGUGUGAUGAAGCUGUGACCCUCUCAUCGGUUAGAGACCAAAAGCUAGCCCUGCUACAUCAGAAAGGUCAAAGAAUGAUUGAGGUCUUGGAGAUUUGGAUUUCGUCUAAGAUUGAUCAGCCAAAUGCUGCUGCUGUGACCUGGAGCAAGUUCAUGAACGUUAAUAUGAGACCUCUGAUUGGUGAUCGUUACGUCCGGUUUCACGAUGAGUUUGCGAGCUUCUUCAUCAUUGGCGACGACGAGGAGGAAGAGCAAGAGAAAGUCGCUGUGGUAUUCGAUAUGGAGGGGUAUGAGUUCUGUUUUGAACUUGUCAGGACCGAUCAUUACCACACUGCUUUUAUCAUCGGAGACGGCGACGAGGGAUACUAUAAAACUAUGAAUCUUGGACAAGCUCCUAAUCUCUGGAAACCCGAUCCUCUCCAUAGAGGAGGAUAUGUUCCUAGUGAUUAUCGGCCUCAGUGGUAUGAUCCCCCACUUGUGUCCUCAUCUUCUUAUCUCCCAAGUUUGGUGCAACUCAACAACCAACCCCGCAAAAGGAAAGAAAGAGAUUGAACAAUACUAGAGGAUUCGUUCGUUUUCUUUGCAAAAAUAGUCAAUCAUCGUUUAAGUUUUAAUAACUAAGGAUUUUAAGUUCCAUUUCGCUAUUAUUUUUUCAGAUU